AUGCUCAUAGAGAAAGAGGCUCCUGAAGAAGUCGGCAUUGUGAUCAAGUACAAUCUGUCUGAGAGUGCCGUCUCCGACCAGACUCUGGACUCUCUAAACAUCAGCAUCCAAUCGAGCUCCGUCCUCACAUACACGGAGCACAAGGGAAGCCACAAGAUCCGCUCCAUCAUUGCCCGUGGUUAUGGUGAUCCCAUCACCGCCGAUGAUGUCCUCGUCACAGCGGGUGCUUCCAUGUCGCUGUUCAUCGUCAAAACAGCUCUUCUCGGCCCCGGGGACCACCUCGCCGUCACUCGCCCCAACUACGCGACCAAUCUAGCAAUACCCCAAUCCAUCGGCUGCGACAUUACCUUCAUAGACCUCGACUUUGACUCGCAAUUCCGCUUGGAUAUCGACCGGGUGUCCGCGGCGAUCCGUCCUGGUUUCACCAAGCUCAUCAGCAUAUGUUCCCCCAAUAACCCGACAGGCACCAUGUGUACCGUCGCCGAGCUGCAGUCGCUUGCUGCGCUGGCCAAGAAAAGCGCAUGCUACCUCCUCAUCGACGAGACCUACGCAGAUCUCAACCACGGCGCGGACAAGAUGCCUGCGGGAGCUUGCCUCGGCGACCACGUCAUCACCGUUUCGUCCAUGUCCAAAACCUAUGGUGUGCCGGGGCUCCGCGUAGGCUGGCUCACGACGACCAAUACCGCCCUCCAAGAGAGAUUCCUGGCCGCCAAAGAGCAGAUCAUGAUCAGCGGGAGCGUACUUGACGAGCUCGUCGCCGAGCAGAUCCUGUCUCGGCGGGACGAGCUCCUCCCCACCAUCAUCGCCGAUAUGCGCCGACGUAAGGAUCGUGUCGCCAGCUGGGUGGAGGAACACAGCGACAUUGUCGAUUGGGUCCGACCGGAGGCGGGCGCCAUGUGCUUCAUCAAGGUCAAGGCGGAGCCGGCGAGCGGGAUGAACACAUUCUACAAGCAUCUCCUGGAGAAGCACGGGGUGUACAUAGGACGUGGCACCUGGUUCGAAAGGGACGAUACUUUCUUCAGGAUGGGUUACGGAUGGCCGACGUGGCAAGAAUUAGAGCUGGGAUUGGACAAGAUUGCAAUGGCGCUGAGGGAAUGA